AUGUCUUCAAAGGCAAAACCCCAAACGUUGACCCCUUUGGCCGCUGCUCUGGCAGGAGCUUUAGGCGCUUGUUUUAGUACUGCUGUUGUCUAUCCGCUAGACGUCGCCAAGACGCGUAUACAAGCCCUUCCGAAGAGCAAAGGAAAAGAUGAUUCGUCGAUGUUCGCCUUGAUUAUUCGGAUAUUUAGGAAGGAAGGUCUUCUUGCGUUAUACAGUGGAUUUGGAGCAACAAUGCUGAAUACUUUUUCCAUGCAAUACGCUUACUUUUUCUUCUAUUCCUUUGUCAGAAAUUCCUAUAUAUCUCGAAUAACUCGCAAGUUACCAAAGGGAUCCAAGGCUCCAGCAUUGUCCACAGCUGCUGAGCUUUUACUCGGUGCCGCGGCCGGCGCGCUCGCCCAGAUAUUCACGAUACCCGUAUCAGUCAUUGCUACCCGGCAGCAGGUCGGUCGUGUAACGAAACCAUCUUCCAUUACACUUCCUUCAAAUGCGUCCGAAGUUUCUGAGCUUAAUGCGGAUGACUCCUUCAUGGCAGUUGCCCGGGAAAUUGUCGAAGAAGAAGGAGUAGCAGGCUUGUGGUUGGGUAUCAAACCCGGCUUAGUUCUUACCGUGAACCCAGCUAUCACAUAUGGCAUGUAUGAGCGGGUCAAGAGCCUUCUCCUACUAGCCAAAGCUAAAGGAGGUUCAAGUGACAAAAUGACAGCUUGGCAGUCAUUCGUUGUAGGAUCCCUCAGCAAGACUUUAGCUACAAUUGUAACUUACCCAUAUAUUAUGGCAAAAGUCCGCAUUCAGGCGCGGAGCGCAGACAUCCAUGAUGAUGAUCCCAAAGACAUCCCCCCACCUCACACGUAUCACCAUUCAGGAUCAAAACACCCAGGAGCCCUUGACGUUCUUGGCAAGGUGUUCAAGCGAGAAGGCUUUUUUGGCUGGUAUCAGGGUAUGGAGGCACAAAUAGUCAAGGCCGUUCUUUCUCAAGCUCUACUAUUCAUGUCCAAAGAACAAUUCGAAAAGUGGACGCUGGCUUUCAUUGUACUGUUAGCUCAAAUGCGUUCCAAGUAG